AUGUCGAGCAAAGAGCCCGAGGUCGAGGUCACGGCUGAAAAUGUCGCUGAGAUCCUCAAACACGAUACCAAGGUGAAGGUGGCUGGAGUGGAUGUAGAUGGCAUCCUUCGAGGAAAGAUCAUGAAGAAGGACAAGUUCUUGUCUAUCAUCACCGAGGGCUUCGGAUUCUGCUCCGUCAUCUUUGGCUGGGACCAACAUGACGCAACCUACUACAAGGAGCUGACUAUCAGCAACAAGGAGAACGGAUACCGUGACCUUGUUGCGGUGCCUGACCUGCGCAGUUUCCGCCGCAUCCCAUGGGAAGGCGAUGUACCAUUCUUCCUGAUCAGCUUCCUGGACCCCGAUACCCGCGAGCCGGUCUGCGCUUGUCCGCGUGGAUUGCUGAAGACAGCGGCAGCCAAAGCCGAGGCGGCGGGGUAUCGGGCAAUGGCAGGUGCCGAAUAUGAAUUCUACCAGUUCCGUGCACCGGGCAAUCACACAACCCCCGAACAGGGCGCCUCUGCGACGGCCGCGUUCCUGCAAUCGAAUCCUCCUCAAGCCCUGCCGUCAUUAACAGAAGGCAUGUUCGGAUAUUCGAUCACUCGGCCGCUCCAUAACCAAGAUUACUUUUAUGGCAUUUUUGACGCCUGCGAGAAGUUCCGUUGCGAUAUCGAGGGAUGGCAUACCGAGAGUGGGCCGGGAGUGUUUGAAGCUGCAUUACAAUUCGGUGAGGCGAAAGAUAUGGCCGAUAAAGCUGGGUUAUUCAAGUAUACCGUUAAGGCGUUUGGAAUCAAGCACGGCAUCACGCCGUGCUUUAUGGCCAAGCCCCGUCAAGGCCUACCUGGCAACAGCGGACACAUGCACAUUUCGCUCGUCACUGCCGACGGCAAGAACGCCUUCAUCCGCGAUACCCCCGACCCCUCCCCUCAAUACCCCGAUAUCGCUCACCUGUCCGACCUGGGUCGACACUUCCUGGCCGGUCUGCUGGUCGGCCUGCCGGACAUCAUGCCGAUCCUAGCUCCGACCAUCAAUUCCUAUAAACGACUGGUGGAGAACUUCUGGGCCCCCGUCACAGUCUCCUGGGGACUGGAGCAUCGGGCGGCCUCCAUUCGACUCAUCACUCCACCGACAGCGAGCGCCAAAGCUACUCGGUUUGAGGUGCGAGUGCCAGGAGCGGACACCAACGCACACUUCGUGUUGGCCGCAAUCCUGGCCCUGGGAUGGCGCGGUGUGGAGAAGAAGCUCGAGAUCCCUGUGCCGCCCCUCGCCCGUGGUGAGGAUAUGGGCGGUGCCAGCGAUCAGGGCGUCCGCCUAGCCAAGUCGCUGAAGGAAGCCAUUGUUACAUUCUCAAGACCUGAGAGUGUUGCACGAGAGGUCUUUGGUGACUCAUUCGUGGAGCAUUUCGCGGGCACACGGGAGCACGAGGUGCGCUUGUGGGAGGAGGCCGUCACCGAUUGGGAGAUGAAGCGGUACAUAGAAACCGUGUAA